AUGAUUUUAAAAAACAUUUUGUUGUGUUGUGUUUUAGUUUUAAAAGGUGUGACAGGGUUAGAUGAAGGUGAGACAUGCUCUGUUGCCGGCGUGGAUGGAGUCUGCACUAUUAUAACAAAAUGUCCAUCAGCAAUAGAAGCAAUAAAAAAGAAAAAAAAACCUCAGAACUGUGGCUUCCUGGGUACCACCCCUAUCGUCUGCUGUGUGGACAGUGCUAACACUGGCACGACAUUGCGGCCUCCUGUUGCAACUACACAGAGAUUAUCUACCAGUACAGUAUAUAUACCAGACACAUCUAUUUACGUAGAUGACGACAGGAUUGAGGGCUGUGAAGGCCUUGGCGAAAUGACAGAAAAGAAAAUUGGGCAGAAGGCAUUCGACAAAUGUAUCGACUACCAGGCGGAGCUGGUAUACCCCUGCGAGAAGGCCGUGGCUCUCACGGGAGAUGUGAGCAGAGCCAGCCAUUGCCAUCAUAACGCUGAUGAGUUAAUUGUUGGUGGGAAUGACACCAACUUGUACGAGUUCCCACACAUGGCGAUGUUGGGAUAUGGAGACAACGAACAAUCAAUUGCGUGGCUCUGUGGCGGUUCCAUCAUCAGCAACAAAUACAUUCUGACUGCAGCACAUUGUACCUUUGCCAGGAGCGUAGGAGAUGUAAAAUACGUGCUGGUGGGCGCCCAAACAAGAAGUGAUGCUAAUAUUCCUUCAAAAAUCCAUAAAGUAAAGAGGAUUAUCAAACAUCCCGGGUAUAAGCCGCCUUCUAAAUACAACGACAUCGCUUUGUUGGAGACAGAGAAAAUCAUACCCUUAAGUCAGUUCGUGGUUCCUGCGUGUUUACACAUCGGCGAUACUGUCAACGAUACCAAGGUCCUCGCCACCGGUUGGGGGCACACGCAGUACAAGGGUAGCCUAUCUGAAGUUAUGCAGAAGGUAAUUAUUGAAAAAUUUUCGACUGAGGAGUGCAGCGUCAAGUACCCUCAGAACAGAAAUAUGAUGAAUGGUUUUGAUCCUCAAACCCAGUCCUGUUAUGGAGACAGGACCGUGUCAAAGGAUACCUGUCAGGGUGACAGCGGUGGUCCAAUCCAGAUCAAAAGCUUAAGACUUGACUGUAUGUACGUCGUGGUCGGAGUGACAUCGUUUGGGAGGGCUUGCGGCUUUCCUGCUGAGCCGGCGAUAUACACCAAAGUGUCACAUUAUGUUCCGUGGAUUGAGAGUAUUGUGUGGCCUUGA